GUGAGAGGUGCAGUGAGAGGUGCAGGAACAGGAGCAGGCCCAAGGAGAGGGCAAGGUAGAGGUGUAAGAAUGCGUGGUGGUGGCAUUCCAAGGGCUGCAAGAACAGUAGUCAGUGAUGAAAUUCGUGCCACUAUCAUUGACCAUGUCUCUCACUAAGAGAGGCUGGUGAAAGAGUGCAACCCAAUUUGAGGCGGUCAACGGUUGCCGCCAUUAUUCACAUCUUUCAACAAACCAACAGAAUGCAACGUCUUCCACCCUCUGGGGGAAGAGGAAAGCUCCUCAAUAAUGAUCAAGAGCUUGCCAUUGUAGAAAUGGUUGUUGCAAAAAUGCAAUAAAACUGCAUGAAAUUAAAACUAGAAUUGUGGAGGACCAUGAGAUAUUUGGCAAUAUAGAAAGCAUCAGCCUCACAACCAUUACGCGUACAUUGUCCAAACACAGAGUGCGGAUGAAGCAGCUCUACACUGUUCCCUUUGAGAGGAACAGUGAGAGAGUCAAGGAGCUACGACGACAAUAUGUCCAGAGAGUUAUGGAAUUGAAGGCCAACCAGGCCCCUCAUGAAUUCAUUUACAUAGAUGAGGCAGGAUUCAAUUUAUCCAAAAGGCGUCGACGUGGACGAAAUAUAAUUGGAAAAAGGGCCACAGUUGAUGUGCCAGGACAGAGAGGGGCAAACAUUACCAUGUGUGCAGCAAUGGCAAAUGCAGGAUUACUCCUUCACAGAUGUCAGGUUGGACCCUAUAAUACCGAGCGCCUCCUUGCCUUUCUCAAUGAUCUCCACCAGCGCCUGGUACCAGAGCAGGAUCAGGAGGGUGAAAACAUGAGGACCUUUGUAAUUACCUGGGACAAUGUUGCUUUCCAUCAUUCGCAAGCAAUAACAGCAUGGUUUGAAGUCCACCCAAGACUGGUAAGUCUCUUCCUUCCACCCUAUUCACCUUUCCUCAACCAGUUCUUUUCUGCAUGGAGGUGGAAGGUUUAUGACCAUCAGCCACAUGACCAGAUGUCCCUCCUUGAAGCCAUGGAUGCUGGCUGCAGGGACAUCACAGUUCAAGAUUGGCAAGGGUGGAUCCGACAUACCAAGCGGUUUUAUCCCAGAUGCAUCGCCUUGGAUGAUAUCAGAUGUGAUGUUGACGAAAACAUGUGGCCGAACCAUGAAGAUCGCAGGGAUUAGAUACAUUAAUUUUGUGCUAUUUUUAGUUCCCCCCUUCUUAUCUGGGCUUUUUGCUGUUUUGUUUUUUGUUUUUCAGAAUGCUCUUAUAUAUGAUAUUUUGUUCACUGUAAGCAAUACUGUAAAACUUUUUCUGUUCUAUUAUAUUGUGUUU